CCGGGUCUCAGGUUAAGGGGCUGCGGGUUUCCCAAUGACUGCGUGGCUCGUCCUCCCCGUCAGCCUGUCCGCCUUCUCCAUCACCGGCAUAUGGAUCGUAUACGCAAUGGCAGUGAUGAACCGCCACGUCUGUCCUGUCGGGAACUGGUUAUAUAACGAGUCCUGCUCCGAGGACACCUCUAAGCAUGGCUAUCCGAAAAGCUGCUGCACAGUUCAGGAUAUCCCAUUGGUCAGUAAAUGUGGCUCGUACCCUCCUGAAAGCUGCUUCUUCAGUUUAAUUGGCAAUGUGGGGGCUUUUAUGGUGGUGGUGAUCUGUGUCCUACGCUACGGUCAGAUUCUGGAGAGAUGUCGUCCCAUGUGGAUCAACACGGGAGCCCUGGUCACCGGCUGCAUUAAUGCGGUUGGCCUGAUCAUGGUCGGAAAUUUCCAAGUUGACCAUGUUAAAAGCUUGCAUUACAUUGGUGCUGGAGUGGCCUUUCCUGCGGGUAUGGUUUUUAUCUGCCUACAGUGCAUUCUGACGUACAAAGUCGCAAUAUCACUUCUGGAUCACUGGAUCGGCCACAUCAGGGUCAUCCUCGCCAUACUGGCCUUAAUCUCUCUUGCCCUCAGUGGCAUCUUCUUUAUUCAUGAGAGCGCUCUGUUCCAACAUGCCGCCGCUGUCUGCGAGUGGAUUUUUACCGUCGACGUUCUGGUUUUUUAUGGGACGUUCUCCUUUGACUUUGCCUCCAUCACCAACGAGACCGUGCUGGCCAUUAUGAGGAGAGGGAAGAGCAAGGCUUUGAAAUCACCAGGGAGUAGCACAUCUGCACACCUGAACAGUAACCUGGAGAGCAUCGCCAUGAUUUAACUGGAGCUGCUGCGAAAUGGAGUAGUCCCCUCAGCUACACAGGAAGUCUGAAUUAAUUUGGAUUACUGGCUUGUGUCUGUGCCACUCUCCCUUUUUUUUUAUAAAUAACUCCACCUUGGUAGUACACAACUUGAAUAUUGCUGUAAAGAGAGACAUGUUGCCAAAACUUUUCAUCUUGCACUCAUCAGGACAAAUGCAAGAAAGCCAAAUGUUAUAAUAUAACAGGGAGCUUAUAGUUCCUCAUUGCUUUCUCCAUGGCAAUACCUCAGCCAAUCAGAGUCCACCUGCCAAUCAAUCACCUGGGUUCUCCCGUAGUAUAAAUUGUUGUGAUCAUUUGAAACUUGUCAUUCUUGCAUUUGUCCUGAUGAGUGCAAAGAGAAAAACUUCAGCAACAUGUCUCUUCAGCAAUGUUCAGACUCUCCACCUGUUCCACGCACCAGAAACAGGGCAUUGCAACCCUCUUACUAGGCUCCCUACAAAGAAACCGAAAAAAAAAUCCCUAAUCUUCCUCAGAAGCGAAUGCAGCGGAGACAAAAAAAUGCCACAGUGGGGUGCCUGAGCCACACCGGGCAAUGCUUUACAGAGUUGACCACCAGGGUACGCAAGCCUUGUUUCACCAGACAGAAGGCUGUUCUUUACUGCGGUAAAUCUUGGUGUGAGUUUGAGAUUUAAUUUACCAAAACAAGAGUGGGCGAGUGGCACGGUCCCUUUAAAUCAACAGGCGCUACUUCCCAGAGGGCUGAUCAUCCAUAAAUAUAAAUUGAACGGGUCACGAGCAUUUUUCAGCCUUGGAUUUAUGCACAGGGCUGGAGAAAGAGGAUAGAUAGCACUGCCAGCCCCUCUCUCGAUACACAACACAUUCAACUGUGCAAUUUCUCCCCUAUUCACUUAUUUUUGUCAAGUGAUACUUUAGUGGGUUAAAUUUAAAAGAAGUGGGUUUGGAUUAUACGGUUUUCAAAUUCACGUGGGAGAUUUUAGUUUCUGUAGGCUCAGUUUGUGACUUUUCUGUUGCAUCUAGGAAUGAAAAGAGAGAGUCCUCUGGUGUGAGCCCUAGUCUGCUCACCUCUGCAAAAAAGAAGGGGCUACUUGCGGUGGAGGGGGGAAUAGGCCAAGCGCAUUUCUUUUAACCCAAGCGAUCAGGUCUUUCCUGUCAGGCUUUGGAUCGUUGAAAUUUCUAGGUGUUUCCCUCCCCUUGAAGCUAGAUGAUUGGUCUUAUAAGGGAACAGGAGAUUACCCCAGUGUGUUUGCUGAUCGCUGCCAUAUAUGCAGAGGCCACGAUAGACUUCUGUAGCUCAGUAGUACACAACUAGAGUAUUGCUGAAGAAAGAGACAUGUCUAAGCUUUUUGUCUUGCACUCUUCAGGACAUUCGCAAGAAUACCAAUAUAAGGGGGAAAACAACAAUUUAUACUGUAUGUGAAGAGAGUGCUGAUUGGUUGGCAAGUGAAGUUGCCAUGGAACUAUGUCGUUGUUUAGACGUCUCUUUUUGCAGUAAUACUCCAAAUCCGUAGCUAGCAUUUCAAUCACUGUUAAUAAGCUAGGAGAAACACUACAUGCUUAAACACAGGGAGAGCCAGUGACGAUUUCUGACCUCUUGCCCACCUUGAGGUACAAGGAUAUAUCCCAAGUACUUUCACAACAGUGAAGCCAAAAGAGUCAGUGAGCAUACCACUCUGACAUAAGGGGCAACCUAUUUACUACAGGGGCAAAUGCCAGGAUGGUGAUGUGUGCAGUGGGUUGGAAUACUGUCCCCUUUCACUUCUGUCUCAUGGAACGGACAAAAAAGGUAGCACAGAGUGAGCAACAUUGGCUCAGUAAUCUGAUCCAGUGAAAUCACUGAUGAGGCAAACUGGGUGGACUGGAAAAGGGGAUGGUGUUGAUUUACUGUCACCUGUUUUAUACUGCAGUCUAAGAAAUAUUACCCUCACGGUCUCUUUGCCGAGAGUCCUAAUCAGCCUUCCAGUGUUUAAAUCCAUUCAAAAAGGACUGGUAGGCAUGCCCUCUCUGACAGGACUGGUUUCAGAGAAAUCAUGGAAUGGUUACAGCCCAGGAGGAGGCCAUUCAGCCUGUCGAGCCCAUGCCAGCUGUUAUGGUGGGUAAAUUGGGUGAGGACCCUGUAGGAAAAUGGAAGACCAUUUAGCCCUUCUGAACCUGUUCCACCAUUCAGUCUCAGCUGAUCUGCAAUCUAACUCCAUAUACCCACCUUCACCUCAUGUCCCUUAAUACCUAGCAUUUGCAAAAAUUUUAUCAAUCUCAGGUUUAAAAUUUACAGUUGACUCAAUAUCAAUUGCCAUUUGCAGAAGAGAGUUCCAAACUUCUACCACCCUUUGUGUGUUGAAGUGUUUCCUAAUUUCACUCCUUAAAAAGUCUGGCUCUUUUUUUUAGACUUUGGUCCUGGACCCCCAAAGCAGCAGGAAUAGUUUUCCUAUCUCUCUCCUUGAAUCCAGGAAUAGGUGUCUUUAUGUAUUAAACACUGGUCUAAUAUGUCACGCUGAAGGGUUUGAACUCUGCUAAGAAUGAAGGCUGACAGGAGCCUGGAUGAUGUGUUAUAGCAUCUUCUGUCUGCCUGCUGGCUGAUCAGGGUCCUCAAUGAAUCAGUUCGCUGGCCUGAAUUCUGUUGCUGGGGGAAAGGCUCCAAAUGCAGAAAACGCCCUCAUCAUAACGCUAAUUGAGAAAUUUCCUCACAAAAGACCUUUAGAAGCUCUCAGUUAGGACCAUGGUUCCAAGUGGUAUCACAGAGAACUGGAGCAGAGCUGGAGUAUAAUCCUGGAGGAAUAAAUAUCACCAAGGUGUGGGGCAAAAAGGGAAGAUAACUGCUUCUAGCACUGACACGUCUGCCCUUGAGAAGUACAGUUUAAAAAAAAUGAACACGUAAGUCUCAGACGGAAAGAAAGACUUACAUUUAUAUAGCACUUUUCAUGAUCACCAGACAUCUUGAAUUGCUUUAAAGCCAAAUGAAGACAGAGUAUAAAAUGAGCCCACACUGCUCACCAACAUUCAGAUCUGUUUGUAACGGUUUGUGUGUCAAGUGAAAUAUUAUGGCUGUUCAGAUUUCUCAGUUAUUUGCACACACCAGAACCAGGAUUUGCAGUCAUUUGACUAGGCUUCCCUAAGAAGAAAACAAAACAUCCUAGAUCUUUAGCAUAUCGUUGGUUGCUUAGUGUGAAAUGUGGCCUAAAUGACUCUCUCGUCACCAAAGGAUGCUGUGCCACAGUUUGCUCCAUAGAAGGCAGCAGAAAGAUUAGUGCAUGGAUUGUAUCUACUGUAGGAAAAUUGGUCUGCCUUGCUUACUUGCCACUUUGAGGUGACCAUAGUAUAGCCAUUGUGCAUCUAACCAGAUGCAGACACUUCACCCUUUCAAUGGACCAGCUCCUGAAGGGUACAGACUGUCUGAAGCUACCUUGUACUAUAUAGCUCAAUGUUAUGAAAAGCUGGUGCACACAAACAUGAUUGAGUAGCAACAAUUGUGUUUGUGGAGAUGGAGUUUGCCAAAUUGAGGUUAGACCCUGGGACAGGUGGUUUUUCAUUCAUCCAACAUCAAUUCACAUUUGUCCACAUCCCUGCAUUAUUGCCAAAAAUGCCAGUGACAGAAAUUUAUGAACUGUUUGCUCUGCUAAAGGUGGUCAGAUUCCUUAAUGAGGUGUUGCCUUUUUCUGUUUUUGCAACAAGGAACACGGUGUGACCUGUACCACUGAGUGCAGUCAUUAAUCACUCGUGGGGUAUUGUACAACAAAGCAUUCCAGCAAGGUAUCUACAUUUGUAGGAUUAAUUGUUCAUGAACCAAAUGCUCCCCAUACCCUCAAAAUGUUAUUUAGCUGUGCAGUGUCUUUUAAGAUAACUUGCCUUCCUCCCCCACUCUGGGUUGUGGUUCCUCAAUAAGCUCAGCCAAAUGCUAUUCACUUGGGAGCCAACGGUGAGUAGUAGUGGUCUAUUACAAUUCACUCAGGGAGUUGCUGUGGCAACAGGCACUUUUACGUGCAUGUUGUAUUCUGGAGCUAUGGAUAGUGAUGGUGGAAACUCCAACGUUCUUCCCAUCACAUGGGCUGACCAGGAAUCUCCCACUCUUAGCACCCGCUAUUGACGCCAACUGGAAGGAUUUCCAGUUUGAUACUUGACCUGUUGGGCCAUGAUAUGAACGCACCUUCCUUGGCCACAAAGUCUGAGGGUGGGACUCGAAUAUGGAGCUUCUGGAUCAGGAGGCAGGGACGUUACCCACUGCACAAGACCACCCCUCCUCCCCCCCUCAACAACAGUGAGUAUAGAGAGGCUAUUAAGCUGUGGAGGGAGGGGGUGGCACAGUUGAGCUCAAUCUAUAUAUAUAUUGCCUGUCAACAGCAGGUAACCUGACUGAUUUCCACACUCCUAGAGCCCCACAUGCCAAACCUAAAGAGGCCAAAUGAGGCACUUCCCCUUCCGCCCUUCACAUUGCUAUCAUCACCGAACUCAAAACUGCCCUGGCCUCUCCGGCCGAUAGGGUUUUCUUUACUUACAGUGAAGGAAGUUGUGGGUAACCAAUUGUGGCAGAAUUAGCAGUGAAACGAUGGGGCCUCUUGCAGUCUUACACUAAGUGUAAAAUUUGAGUGGUUGACUUAAAACCAAGUUGGACUCCACUAGCCAAGUUGCAGGCUCCGCCUAGGAGCCCCUGGGCAGCAGCAGAAAUUUUAGCAGAAGUGAACAGAGCUGGAUGAAGCCGGGGUUUUUAAACGCUGUGAGAAAUAAUGUGCUCAGUCGAAAUUACAAAGAACGCUGUUACCUUGAUGGGUUUACACUGGGGAAAAUGCCUGGAGUCUUUCAGCUGCUCAAGGAAUGUUAAACUGAAGGGAAACUACAUGUACAACCAGGGUGGCACAAUUGAAGGUUUCCUGGCUGUCUGAGGGCAUUCUGUGCUCCCAGCCACAGCUACAUUUUAAGAAACAAACCUUCAAUAUUAGAACAAGGCUGAGAACAACAUGUACUUUGGCUUCUUAUGUUUUUAAUUAAUUUAUUUUAAAAAGGGAAAUACUUGUCGACUGUGAGAUUUUUAACAAAUAUUUUUAAAUUCUUCUGUCUGACAUUGUGCGUAAAAGAGGCCUUGUAUUUUGACCAGGUUUUACAGAAAACAAAAACGUUCAAUACUAUUGCAGAAAUUGUCCUCAUAGCCUUGCGAUGAACCACAACUUUAAAUCAUGUAUCAGGAUUUUAAUUUUUUUUAAAUAAACAUUUUUAAAUGUU